AUGAAACUCUGGGAUGACGAAGACGGGGGUCGGUGGAAAAGAAGUGUCAUAGACAUCGAGGGCGAAGUGCUCUGUGUAUCCCAAUUUACUCUGUUGGCAAAGACCAAAAAGGGCACCAAGCCCGACUUCCAUGGCGCAGCAAACCCCGAAGAAGCAAGCCGGCUGUAUCACUACUUUGUCCAGAAGGUAAAGGACCUCUACAUAGAGGAUCGAGUCAAGGACGGCAAAUUUCAGGCCAUGAUGGAAGUUGCUCUUGUCAACGAUGGGCCGGUUACCUUGGAGCUCCAGGCUGGUGCUCCCGUGUCCGAGCGAUAG